GUUCCUCUAUAAAAGGGGCGGAAAGCGGUUCCAGAGCCAUCACAGACCUGGAGGGGACGGUCUGUGACCAAGGCUGCUGCACCCCUCCCUCGGCACCCGACCCCCUGCUCAAGCAUGAAACCCGCUCUCCUCGCUGUGCUGUCCUUCGGGAUAGUGGCUCUGUGUUUUGCUGCUCCCCAAAAGCCAAGCAUCAGGUGGUGCACAAUAUCCUCAGCAGAAGAGAAAAAAUGCAAUAACCUGAAGGACCACAUGCAACAGGAGAACUUUGCUUUCAGUUGCCUGCAGAAAGCAUCGUACCUCGACUGCAUAAAAGCCAUUUCGAAUACUGAAGCAGAUGCCAUUAGCUUGGAUGGAGGUCAAAUUUUUGAGGCAGGCCUUGCUCCCUACAAGCUGAAGCCCAUUGCUGCUGAGGUCUAUGAACACAGUGAAGGCUCCACCACCAGCUACUACGCGGUGGCCGUUGUGAAGAAAGGAACGGGCUUCUCCAUAGACGAGCUGCGGGGCAAGACCUCGUGCCACACGGGGCUGGGCCGGUCUGCGGGCUGGGUCAUCCCCAUCGGGAUCCUCACCCACCGCGGCGACAUCGAGUGGGACGGCAAGGACUCGGGCUCCAUCGAGCAGGCCGUGGCCAAUUUCUUCUCUGCCAGCUGUGUUCCCGGUGCCACCACUGAACCCAAACUGUACCGUCAGUGCAAGGGCGAUGCCAAGACCAAAAUGUCCCGCACAGGACCUUAUUCUGGAUAUUCUGGAGCUUUUCACUGUCUGAAAGAUGGGAAAGGAGAAGUGGCUUUCGUGAAACACACAACUGUUCAAGAAAAUGCCCCAGCUGAGAAGGACGAGUACGAGCUGCUGUGUCUGGAUGGCACCCGCCAGCCCGUGGACAACUACAAGGCCUGUCACUGGGCCAGGGUCCCUGCUCACGCCGUUGUGGCUCGAGAUGACAGCAAGGUCAAUGACAUCUGGAACUUCCUCUCCAAAGCACAGGAAAAAUAUGGCGUGGGCACAACCAGCACCUUCCACCUCUUUGGGCCACCUGGCAAGAAGGACCCAGCCCUCAAAGACUUGCUUUUCAAAGACUCUGCAGUACAGCUGAAGCAAAUCCCGUCACUGAUGGAUGCUCAGCUCUACCUGGGCUUUGAGUAUUACAGUGCUGUCCAGAGCCUCCAGGAAGAUCGCCUGACCCCCAGCCGCAGGGGCAGCAAGGUCCAGUGGUGUGCCAUUGGCAGGGAUGAGAAGAAGAAGUGUGAUGUCUGGAGCGUGAUGAGCAACGGGGAUGUGGAGUGCGUUGUGGCAGAGGACACCAAGGAAUGCAUCACGAAGAUCAUGAAAGGUGAAGCAGAUGCCAUCAGCUUAGAUGGAGGCUUUGUCUACACUGCCGGCGUGUGUGGCUUGGUGCCAGUGAUGGCAGAGAGCUACGAGGAAAAUCACUGCGGGUCACAAGAAGAACCAGCAACCUACUUUGCUGUGGCUGUUGUGAAGAAGUCUGACAAGGAUAUCAGCUGGAACAACCUGCAGGGUAAGAAGUCGUGCCACACCGCCGUGGGGAGAACUGCUGGCUGGAACAUCCCCAUGGGCCUGAUCCACAACAGGACAGGCAACUGCAACUUCGAUGAAUACUUCAGCCAGGGCUGUGCUCCCGGGUCUCCUCCCACCUCCCGGCUGUGCCAGCUGUGCAAGGGCUCCGGGGGGGUCCCUCCGGAGAAGUGCGUGGCCAGCAGCCACGAGCAGUACUACGGCUACACCGGAGCUCUACGGUGUCUGGUUGAGCAGGGGGAUGUGGCCUUUAUCAGGCACACCACUGUUGAGGAGAACACUGAUGGCAAAAAUACAGAAAGCUGGGCCAAAGAUCUGAAAAUGAACCAAUUUGAGUUGCUGUGCACUGAUGGGCAGCGGGCAAAUGUCAUGGACUACAGGAGAUGCAACCUGGCCAGAGUCCCUACCCACGCUGUGAUGGCACGUCCUGAGAAGGCACAGCAAGUCCGUGAGAUGCUGGAGAACCAAGAGAGGCUGUUUGGAGCAAAAGGAACCAGGAAUAAAGAUUUCAAUAUGUUUGCAUAUGAAACCAAGGAUCUUCUGUUUAAAGACCGGACAAAGUGCCUGAUCAAGCUCCAAGAUGGAACAUCAUACAAGGAAUUCCUCGGAGAGAAAUACUAUGCUUCACUUGCCAGCCUCAACACCUGCAAUCCAUCAGAUCUUCUCCAGGUGUGCACCUUCCUUGAGGACAAGACAGCGACAGAACUGGUGACCUUGGCAGCGCUGGGGUCGGAGAGCCUUUCCAGCCUAAACCAUUCCAUGUUUCUGCAGGCUCCCCCGGCGGGUCCCUCCCGCUCCAGCUCCUCAGGGAGAACUACAGCUCCCAUCGGCCCCCGCGCUCCGCCCUUCCCGGCGUGCCGCGCGGCCGGAAGCGGAAGUGUGUUGUGGCCACGUGUGCGGGCCAUGGCGGGCGGGCUGGAGCCGCACCUGGAGGCGCUGCGGCGGGAGCUGCACGGCCCCGCCGUGCUCUCCGUGCUCGUCGCGCUAAUCGCCGUCGCCAUCACCUUCCUGAUCUGGCGGUUCGUGCAGGGCAGGAGGAGCAGCCGCAAGGCCGUGCUGCUGCUGGGCCUCUGCGACGCGGGGAAGACGCUGCUUUUCGCGCGGCUGCUGUCGGGGCGCUACCGCCACACCCAGACCUCCAUCACCGACAGCUCCGCCGUGUACAGGCUCAGCCAGGACAAGAGCACCAGUGUGACCUUGAUCGACCUUCCAGGCCAUGAGAGCCUGAGGCUGCAGUUCCUGGAGAGGUUCAAGGCCGCAGCCAGAGCCAUCGUGUUCGUGGUGGACAGCGUGGCCUUCCAGCGGGAGGUGAAGGACGUGGCGGAAUUCCUGUACCAGGUGCUGGUGGACAGCACCGUGCUCCGGAACGCGCCCGCGCUGCUCAUCGCCUGCAACAAGCAAGAUGUCACAAUGGCAAAAUCAGCAAAACUCAUCCAGCAACAGCUGGAGAAAGAGCUCAAUACUCUGCGGGUGACACGCUCUGCAGCCCCCACCAGCCUGGAGGCCACCGGGGGCCCUGCCCAGCUGGGCAAGAAGGGAAAGGACUUCGACUUCUCCCAGCUGCCCAUGAAGGUGGAGUUUGUGGAGUGCAGUGCUCGAGGCAGCAAGGGAGAGGAGGGAGAGGCUGACUUGGAGGGCCUGGAGAAGUGGCUGGUGAAGGUGGCCUGAACAGGGAUGGACAGGGCUGGGGGGCUGAAGGGGAAAAGAUGGUGUGGAGCACUCAAAUCUCAUCGUGAUGUAAAUAGAAGGAACUUCAGCUGGAAGUCAGCACUGUAGUGUCUUCCUCUGCUGCUCAUGGGCUUGGGAGUGAUGUGAGAAUUGCUGGUGUGAUUCCCUCUGACUGUUCCUUCAUGCUGCAAUGGUUUUGUCCUCUCCCCUCUUCCCUUGCCCUCCUCUGGGCUUUUCUUUUUCCUUAAUCUUUAGGCUUUUCAUUCAAUAGUUUCCAAGCAAAUUAGGGAGGAAUGCACUGGCAGGAGAUUUUUAGAGCCUGGAGUGUGCCUGUCAUUUCCUGCAGUGGUUUAGACCCCUGUUGCCUCUCAGAGCCACUGACCACCUCAUGGUUGGGGCUGCUGGGGAGCACUGCACAAAGCUGCUUAAGUUGGGCAGGCAUUGAGAGAGUGUAAAAGGUGGUUUCCUCUUUGUGUCUGCCUUCCCAUUGCUCCAAACUGGUGCAGCCCAAUUUCUGUGGGGCUGGAGGAGUGAAAUGCCCAAACCAGACUGCCUGCCCUGCUUUACUCCCUGUACUCUGUGCCCAUGUCUGGUGAUUUCCUCACUUGACCAGCUCCUGGGAGGUUUUCUUCAGCUGAGGGCUGUGUCCUGAAAGCUUCACUCUGCUUCUCCUUCCAGGCUCUCCUCCCACAGCCAGGAGCAAACACUCAAAGAGUGGCAGAGCUACAGGGGGUCAUGGCAUGAACCUGUGACAUGGGCACAGUUUCAGAUCUGUCCCUGCCUCUGGGGCUGUCGUGCCAGGCAUUUGCUGUGCAUCUCCUGCUGCCUCCUGCUCCAGUGGCUGCAGGAAGGUCUUGCUUUGUGUGGAGUUAAUUAGUCAGCACUUGAGGCAAAGUGAGAGGGAAAGUCGAGGAGCUGCCAGCACGUGGGUGUGCUUCUUCCUCAUGGCAGAGAUGCUCGAGGAAGAGGGGAAAGAAAUGGGAGAUUUUCCCACUGAGUGUUUCAGUGCACAUUGCAGAGUCCUCAUGCAGUGACAUUUUCCCUUCCUUUGUGCUUCCCCUGUUGUUUUAGGGUUGAGGGGGUGGGUGGCUCCUGGCAAACCCUUUUUGUAGUUUGUAGCCCCCUCCCCGCUGUGGUUUGAUGCCUCCUUCACCACUCAACUCAUCUGUUGUGUUCUUUUCCUUCUCUGGAGCUUUUCCUACCUCCCUGCAGCAUUGCCAAGUGUUGGGAAGAGCAGGAACAGCCUUCAGCAAAGCCCUGUGCCUGCAGUGAAACUGGUCCUUGCAUUUCCACCCUCAGGAACCAUCCCUGCCAGAGGUGGGGAGGGUUAUAUUUACCAAACAUGUCAUAUUCUUCUGUUUCCUGCAGACAGAGUCCUGUUGGGACAUGUUUGUCAUGCUUUGAACUGCUCUAGCUGGGGGUCUUGGGCUGCCUGCUUUGAAUCCAUAAUGCUGAAGUGAUUUUGGGCAAAAAAUGCUGUUUCUUUGGGUGAUUGUUCUUGCAAAGACACAGAAGCCAAGCACCAGCCUCAUCUUAAAGGGGGGAAGGUACCAUGAGGUUGUGGUGGGUUUUAAGUUAUUCUUUUUAAAAGUAUUCCUUAAGUAAAUUCUUUUUUGCUUAA